UAUGCAAAAAAACGAAAUUGUUCAGGUUAAUCCUUUUUUACCUCUUUUCAACUCGUCUAUGUCUUCCCCUAUUUCUCUCCUCCAAAACCCUAUACACGUAUUUCUCUCUAAUUGUACGAGGAACAGCGAUAGUAACCUCAAAGCUUCAUUGUAAUAACCCGGAAGGUGGAUUCCAGUUGGAUAAUGACAGUUAGAUCGAUGGCAAAUUCUCAAAUUGAAUCUGGCGCUCCCAUCACUCUACAAGAGUUGUACCCUUCUUCCCCGUUUUUCAUGGAAGCUCGUUCACUCAGAGUUACAGGAUUGCUUAAAGGAUAUUCAGUUGAAACAGCUAUAGGUGUUAUUGAAGAUGGAGAGAAGAGUCUCAAAAUCAACACUCAACACUUACGAGAUGUUAGUUUCCGGGUUGGCUCUGUUUACCAGUUCAUCGGAGAGCUUCACAUUGAGCCCAAUAAUGAGCCUAUCUUGCAGGCGCGAACCGGAAGAAAUGUGGAUGGAAUCGAUAUUAACCUCUACCGUAAAACAAUUGAACUCCUAAGGCGGUUUCUUGAAGUAGAAGAAGACAACAGAAAUAUGGUCGAAUGAGGCUAUCUAUCAGAUCAGAUGCCAUCCAACUAAUAUAACUCACCUGCAUUUUUAUAUUUUGUUCCUUUGUUACCUCUUUGCUCACCUGUAGAUGCAUCCUAGCAUUGGUAGAUUUGUUUUAGUCUUCUUUAUAUGCGAGCAAUGCUCUGAAACGAAUGUGUUUGAAAUUCUGAAUUCUCCGCUUUGGCAAGUCAGUUGAACCGAUAUGGUUUUGACAGUGAAUUAGGAUCUUUUCAAAUUUCAGUCAUCGUUUUUGUUUAA